CGGCCUGGGAUCUCACCAUGUAAUGAAUGGGAGUAUACAUGUAUUAUCUAGAACUGUCAUAAUACUAGAUCUAUUCACAUACCACUAGAUCUAUUCACAUACCCAAAUAGUUAUCCAAGACGGAAUAUGUCCCCAUUACCCAUGGCUUGUAAAGUCGCCUUAUGACUAUGUGACCUUUCAAGAGUGCGUGUCACCCUGCCCUGCAGCUGAAUUCUAAGACGUUCACGUCACCACCCACUAGUUUGCCUGGCCCACGCUCUAUUGUCCUAAAGGCGGCCGUGAUAGUUUACCGUAUUCACCUUGCCCGGUGAACAUGGUGAUUGUAUUUGACGGAGUCCUGUUAUAAAUGAUACUUCUUGGAGCAGACAAACAGCAGCUUUAGUCAACAGCGACAGAAUAGAUCCAUGUCUGUAGAUAUUUAACUGUAGCGAUACUUCCCAUUAUUGAAGGUGCAAUAGCACGUUGACCCAAAAUACCUACGGACGUGCAUUUAUAUAAGACGACAAGAUAACCAUUCAUAGGUGAGUAAUCAAUUGGACUGGUUUAUCGCUCACACUAUCAACAUUAUGGCCCAGUCCAUUCCAAGACGGGGAUAAUGGGUUGUGCAAUCUAGUGGUGCAUUGAUACUAUCUAUAUACAGACACCACAGGGUUGUAGGCCAAAUGCAAUGGCUGGCUUUCACUAGGGCGGUGGACGAGUGUCUGCAACUUGAAGGGCCGGGAUGGAGAUGAAAAUGUUACAGUUCGAAACCAACGAAGAGGACUACCCCAUGCCGGAGUUCUUUGACCGGUACUCGAAGAAGAUGCCGAUAUUUGCAAUAGUCACACAGGGGUGCCUCGGGUUAAACGAUCUGGAGACAUUCGCCGCUGAGCAGCCUCUAUUCUGCCACAACUACGAGAAGCAGAGACGGGUGGUUGCACGGGACUCACGCGGCAGGACAAUCAGCAUACCCGAGGAGUACCCUAUCAAGUUCAAAAUUGUCAUAUCCAGAAAUAAAGUGGGACCAGAACAGACAAUGAAACAGAUCCUUCUUGAGAACAAACUGCCAGUGCAGGUCAGGUUCGCUGCUCCCUCAAACAUCGCAUUUUAUGUGGGAUCUGAUCGACAGAAGGCCAAGGACCUCAGUAAUCUCGCUCUGUCACAUAUCUACGAGGAGACGUACAUCCUGGCUAAUGGAGUCUAUGGGCGUUCGGUGGACAUGAGCGUGUUGGUUGUGCCCCUGUACCUCUCCGACUUGCACGUGUCCACGGUGAAGGGCGUGGUCGGUAUGGGGGAGGAGGAAUGGAAGACCAUGUAUGCUCAACUAAAACAGUCUUUGAAAGAUGUCAAAAUACCCCCUAGCUUGGGAAAUAAUGAGAUAGCAGUGUUUUCGGAGAGUUCCGUGGUAGAUAAAGAGGACCACAUCUAUUCCUACAUAGAGCCUUCUGAAUACAUCACCUUCUCUUUGCUGUCACAAGACAAGGCCACUGAUGAUGACGCCACUUCAUAUUCCCACAAAAGACAUCCGCCCAAAGGGGCAAUGGUGACCGAGUUACAGAGGAAACUAAAGAUCACUGGAACCGAAGACAAACCACAGAAAACGAGUGUAACAAAAAUCACAAAGAGUGUCAGUACAACCAGUCAGGAUACCAGCUGCAGACCGAAACUUCCGUCAAGAUCGAGUUCAUUUUCUGAGGAUGCAAGCGCCAUCAACGUGAGCCAGGUACAAGGGACAGUGAGUGAUGAUGUUCCUGUUCCUAAACUGCCACCACGCAGAGGUAGCAUCAAACAGGUGCCCAAUCAUCUCAAAGACCUCACGAUAGAGGGUUUUUCUAAGGCUCUCAAGGAACUUAAACUGGUCAAAUAUAUUUCAAAAUUUCAAAAUCAACAGGUAGAUGGUCUACUCGCACACGAGUUUACCAUGGAUGUACUAAAAAGUGAUUUCAAAUUUACAGGGUUUGAAUCCGUGAAGCUUAUGAAAUUCAUUAAGACUGGCCACAUUCCAAAGGACUGAAAAGUCACAUUUAAAAAAGUAGCAGGUGAAUAGGCCACUUACAAACAUGUUCAGUGUCAUUUUAUACCGAUUUAAAAGAACUUUAAAUUUAAGUUAUGAAAUCAUAGAACAAAUGAAACAUAAUCAUAUCUUGUUUUUUCCAUGCGUUGGUUAUGUAACUCCGGGAACGACUUGGUAUAAAAGUUAGCUUUGUGUUGCCAACAUAUCCAGCGGUUAUCAAGGAAACCAAAUGGAACUGAAUGAGUUAAGUGCGUGAGAAAAUGACUCAUACUAAAAAUGACAAAGCCUUUUUUUCAAGGAUAUUUCUUAAUGUUGGUUUAAGAGCCUUGAGUUAUAUGUUACCAACUACUUCAAUGGAUUGCGCUGUUAAGUUAGCUAAAACGGAUUACAUGGUUGCAUGUUUUCACUUAUUGUUGUAAAUAAAAGUGACAAAACCCUU